AUGUGUGUCUCACGUGUCACAACGACCAACCACACUGCACACACGCUGGAGCGGGUGAACAAGUUUACAGAUCAGGUGACGCACACGCCGUGGCAGCACGUCACCUUCAGCUCCAACGGCAACUAUGUCAUUGGCUGUCCGGCGGACACCAACCAGCACACCAUCAACGUGUGGGACCGCGAGAAGGGUGUGCUGACCAAGAUUAUGGAGGGGCCAAAGGAGCACAUUCGCAAUGUGCAGUGGCACCCCAUACGCCCCGUCCUCGUCGCCAUCUCAAACUUUGGCUCCAUCCACGUGUGGACCGUCAGCCAGAGCGACAACUGGUCCGCUUUUGCUCCAGAUUUCAAGGAAAUUGAGGAGAACGUCGAGUAUGAAGAGCGGGAAGACGAAUUCGACUUUGUACGUGACGCUGUGUGCGUGUACAGCUCGGCGCCCUCUGUGUAG